AUGGGCAGCGGGGGGCACUAUGAUAUCCUGAUUCCCUUAAAAGACCGUCCCUCCGCAGGGUAUCCAACGGACACCAAUGAAAUCUAUCAAGAAGCAACACCGUCGGAUGGACCAGUGGCACCUCGCCGAGUCAGUGUUGACUCCAACGGCAGUAUACGCAUCAAGGAAAAUGGACAGGACCGAUCAAAGCCAGAGCGUCGAAAAAUCUUUGUACGGCGGGGCCGGUCGACCGCUGUUCGUUAUUUCCUUCAAUUCCAUAUGAUUCCACUCGCAGCCGCAAUAACGCUCAUCAUCCUGAACAUCCAAACACGGUUCCUUGGGCCCGAUAGCCAAUGGUCAAAUUUACUCCAAUUCAUCGCCAAGUUCCACGAAAUCCUGAUGCAGAUCUCGAUCGCGACGGCGAUGGGCGCCUACCAACAAUACCUGCUCACUCAACCCACCUCUGGGGUGCCGUUCGGAGCUAUUUUCUCUGCAUAUCACACCACGCAAGUAGGCUAUUUAUGGUCACCUGAAUUCCGUGCCAGUUUAACGACUGCUGGGUUCCCACUGCUUCUAAAGAUAGGGUUUGUAGUUUUUGUGCCUGCGAGCAUCUUACUUGCUGCUGCUGUCGGGCCUGCGAGUGCGAUUGCACUAUUGCCCAGACCCGUCAAUUUCACCAUACCCGACUACCAAUUAGCAUUGGAUCACACAUACAGUGAUAUCUUUCCGACGGCAUUUAUCCAGUCUGGCUCGCAUUUAGAAGAUGGAAUUUUUAAACAAAACGAACAAUCCCCUGCCAUCGGUUGGGAAUAUCUUAGAGGUCUUCCAAGCGUGGGAGAAGACCAGCCCACAUUGGUCGGGACGCAGGAAGUGAAUAAGGAUUUGGGAAAUGGAUACGGAAAGUCUGUCGAGGAGAUGCCACCACUAUACCCACUCGACCUUUUGACUGUUGUUCCGCGUACUCUCUCAGUCUUUGACAAAUUCGCAAGAACUUUAUACAUGCAAUAUGCCCCCAACGGCACAGUGGCUACGGUGCAGCAGGUCCCGGUUGCAGCAGGCCUCUCCAGGGCUGUCAUUAGCUCCCUUGCAGGAGUGAAAAAUGCAGCUACUACUGGUGAGGCAAGCAUCCGAAUCGCACAUCCGCUUGUGAGCACCAUUUGCGUGCUGAAUGCGAUUAUGGAUGAAAAUGACAACCGCUCCAUUCAAUUCCCUGUAACUUAUCUUGCUACAAAUGCCUCGGGAGUUGAAACCGCACCUUACACUAAUAUCACCCGACGACAGCUCUGGGACCAAGUGCAGAAUCAAGGGCAGGGGCAAGUCAUCUGGGUCGAUGAUGCUCCUUUCUCGACGGAACGAACGCUAGGCGCCAUCGUUGUACAGCCGGAUCUCUGCGACAAUGGUCAAAAAUAUAUCAGUAUGUCCGCAUGUGCAGUAAGCGGGCAGUGGGCCAACAUAACCUCUCGGAUAGUGGUUGCAACAAACGCGUCAGCCACGAUGUUCGACUACCGAGUGGAAAGCCUUCUCCCUCGCGAUUUUCUCAACGCUCUCCCAGCAUGGCCGCUACAUGCGGUCUCCAUAUCGAAAAGUUGGGCGAACAGCAUUACGACCCAAAUCGGUAAUCUGAAUCGAACGGUGGCGGACAAUCUCCUACGGUCUCUCUUAUUGACUGACAACGUGUGCCCGGUAAACGGUAGCUACCCGCUGUACUUAUCAGCGUCACGGCCUAUGAUGCACGAAUCCAUCGUCUCAUCUUUAGUGGCAAAUGGCAUGUCUCACGCAGCAGGUCCCUUCAAAAUGUCAGCACAAAAUCUCCACGACGGCAAUUUCCGAUGGAUAACCCCAAGUGGAGACCUGGUGAAACCCCCCGGUAUGAUCCUGACGUUCCAGUCUCAUGUCCUGGGUUUUGCAUGGAAUAUGGAUGGGACAGCGAUCAGAAUCGCUAUUCCGAUCCUUAUUUUGUACUGUCUAUACGCAACUAUCUAUGUUGCGUACACGUUCAUCACAGGACAUAGCUCGCAUGCUUGGGACACGAUAUCAAGCCUUACAGCUUUGGCGUUCAAUUCAAGGCCCACCAAGGUACUGGAGAACACAAGUGUGCGCAUUUCACAGGCAGAAACCUUCCGAAAUCUAGUCAGCGUUCAGGAAGUGGGGGCGGACAAGCGGUUGGAGCUGGUCUUUCAACAGGAUAACCAGGAUCGAGGGCCAGUGCGGCGGGUUAAGCCUGGUAAAUCAUAUUCAUAG